UAAGACAGCAAUAAAAAAAACUGCACACUGGUAGUAUUCUCAGGAAGGUCUGCAUUCUGCACUGGUAGUAUUCUCAGGAAGGUCUGCAUUCUGCACUGGUAGUAUUCUCAGGAAGGUCUGCAUUCCUAGAAGAGUUGAAAAAGAAUACAUCCAAAAGUGUGGACGAUCCCAUUUUCCUAAUUAGCUAAUAUACAGUAAUAAAAUGUUUUCUCUAUAAUAUGUACUACCCAUACACAUAUAAUUGUUUUAAGAUAGUAAUAACAUGGACCAUCAAGCUAUUAAGUAAUAAAAAUGUGUCUGUCAUCAUACAGAUUGGGGUAGAUAAAGGGGUGAUCAAGCAGCGCUCCAUCUCCUCCAUUCUUUGUCCCGUCUCCCCGACACUGCCAGCUCUCCCCUGGUACAAUCUCCACAAGUACCUCACCAAAAGCCAAUCGGAGUGUGACCAGCAUGCCGCCGCCACCCAGAAGAACCCGGCUAAGAAACACUCAAUCUUUCCCCCUCUGGUCACACAACGGCCUCAUUCUCCGUCCAAGACGUCGCACCCACACGCUUCACACAGAUUUUCUGUCCCAUCCCACCUCCUGGCUCCCGGCCCUCCUGCCCAGCUGAGGCAGACCCAUCCGCAUGUCCACCCCAGGUCCCCAUUGACUGACCAGGCAAAGGUCAAGGAUAAGGUCAAGAGGUCAGAGGUUGCAUCGUCUGAGGAAUUGUCUGAGGAAGUUCAACGGAGAGGCGCAGAAAUUGCGAAUAUGUAUAAAGCGCAGCUGAAAGAGAGGAUGGCCCAAAAGAGAAAGGAAGAGAUUCUGAAGAAAAGGAUAAACAACUAUGACAAGAACGAUGACACUGAGGCCUCCUGCUCCUCUGCAGUAGGACAAUCCAAGACCCCUGCCACAGCCCCCGAGCGUCCGGCCAGCCCAGAGGCCACGCCAGUGGCCGUCCAAGAGGACACUCAGGGGGCCACCCAGCAGGACCUAGCAGAGGUUGUGAAUGUGCUCAAGAGGCAGUCAUCUGACCUAUACCUGCCUGACGACGUUUGUGAGGAUUCACUCACGUGGAGCUCCAUUUACGAGGAGCUGUGCCCACUUGCUCACAGGGUGAACUCAGAAGCUGACUACAUCAAGGCGCUCUGCGACACCACUGAGAAGGCUGUGACGCCCUUGCGCUUGUCUCAGGAGGAUGUGUCUCAGAGUAUGAGUGAGGACACAAGUGAGGAGGGGAGUAGUGAAAGUGAGGAGAGCAUGAGUGGACAACAACAGAGAUGUCUACACAGGGAUCCUUAUGGUGAGAGGGAGAGGAAGAAGAUUGAUAGUCGUACAAUGGAAGGGAGAUAUGCAACCGCAAAUGCAAUGUCUAUGAUGGCGAGCCUAGGGAAAGAAGAACUUAAUGCCAUGAGCUACGCAGACAGGCUUAAAUAUUUCAAGGACGAGGCUAAGAAAAAUGAAGAGAUGUUGAAGAUGAAAAGUGGGAAGGAAAAAGAAAGGAAGGCGGAGAAAGACAGGGAAGAAGAGCUCAAAAAGUGGGAAAAGAGACAGAAGAAAUCGGUUGAGGAGGAAAGGAAAAUGACAGAAAAGAUGGAAAAAAAGAAGUUAGAGGAGCAGAUGAAAAGGGAGAAGGCAGAGAUGAAACUAAAGAUCGAACAAGAGAAAAAGAGACAAGAGCAAGAGAAAAAGAGAGAAAAAAAGAAAUGAAGAAGCAGCAGAUGCAACAGAAGGCCCGCGAAAAAGAAGAGAAAAAGAGGGUGGGGAAAGAAAAAAAGAGGGAAAAAAAGAGGGCAGAGGAGUUGAAAAAGAUUGAGAAACAGAGGAUGGAGGAGGAGAAGAACAGGGAAAGGGAGAGAAUGAAGGUGCUGGAGAUGCAGCAAAAGGCACAAGAGAAAGAAGAGAAAAGGAGGAAGGAGGAGAAGAAAAGGAGAUUGAAGAUACAGCAGGAACAAGAGAAGGAGGAGAAGAAAAGGCAGAAAAGGAUAUGGGACGAGGAUAAGAAGAGAGCAGAGCUUCAAAGAAUAAAAGAUGACGAGGCCAGGUUCAAGAUGGAGAUGGAGAAACUGUAUGAGAGAGAAGAGCGGAAAGCACAGAUUGAAAGAGAAAAGAGGCGUGCGAUGUAUUAGAAAAAAGGGCAGACACAGAGAGCAAAACAGGUGGUGCCAUACCAGGUCACAGCGUUUACAUCUGUGUGGACGGAAGAGAGGGAGCAGUGUCCAGAGACCGCUCACGCACAGUCUGCCAAGAGGAGAACAAGGAAGAAGCAGAAGUAUGAGGCGGACGAGGCGUUGACAACUUUUGAGUAGAUGACGAAAGAAAAGCGAGCAGACAAAGGAAGAAAGAAAUGUUGUCAAUGCUCUUAGGUAUGUUAAUAGAUGUAAAUAAACAAACAUUUUUAUAUUUAAGGCAAAAAACAAACAAAAAAACUGGAAAAGGAGCAAAAGGGGGGGGGGAUAAUACAGAGCCAGGCAUGAGGGUGAAGGGAAACCAGAGUGGUUUAUCAGGAGGGAAAUAGGAUAUAUAGAAUUCAAGUUCUGAUGGACAGAAUCAGGACGGACCAUGGGAUAAAAGGUCAAUGAGAUUAGCAGUAAAGAAGAGCUAAGUGGAUCAAAAGAAAGUUAUGGAAAACGCAAGGGGGAGGGCAAUACUCAGAGGCAGAAGAAGACAAGAUAAACAGAGACCAAGAGAAAAGAGGUGAAACCGUUUCAUAAGAGUAAUAGAGAGAAGAUGGACAUAUGGGCAAAUUAGCUAUCCCAACUGGAACCUAGCUAAUGCAUUCCGAAGAGGCAGACUUCCAGUCUGAGGUAGAUGAAAAGAGCAGCCAUAGAAACAGAUCUGUAGAAGCAUCAAUUGGAAAGGAUGGGAGGGUUGGAGGAGAGGAGCACAUUUGGAUGACUACAUUAGGUAAGUGUUUAGGAUCAAAGCCUGUUCUCUGUAGACAACUGUAUUAGUGUUGACAGAAGUGCAUUUAUGCAAUGUCUUUCAACUCAAAAACUACAAUUCCUGAUCUCAUGUGAUUAUUCACCUCAUGUAAGUGGGCUUUCGGAAGUUUAUUUUUUCCUGAAACAGAUUGUGGCAUAUGAGGUCACUUUAUCUGAUGAAGCAUCAAUAGGAGAGGAAAAGACAGAAGAACAGAUGAGGAGCACUAUGUUCUGCUUCCGUGUGGAUUGACAGCAUUGCUUUAAUGAGCUGCUGGAGGGCACAAUGGAGGAAGAGGGAGAGCGUCCAUUAUAGGCAGUUUGCCAUGGCCCUAAAUGGGCUUUUGGAUGUUCAUUUUUCCUGCUUUAUAUCAUACAACUUUACAAUAAAAAUGAAUUGCAAGCAUCAGCCUUUUCUGUUUGAGUGUGAUCAGUGCAGUAGUUGUAGGAUUGGUGUAAACCCAAAUAAUAUUCUGACACUAGUGUUCAGUUGGUAUAAAAUAGUGUGAUAAGAAAUUAUCAACAUGUUAUGAAAACAAUAUAGAGAUAGAAAUAUCAAAAGCAGUGUUGCAUUUAUUUAGUAAUUGCUAUAUCUCACUCAUAGAGAAUGGUGUCCUUGUUGUGAUCAGUCCAUCGACAAAUGCAUGUAUGCGCAUACACACACAGAGAGUUAAUCAUGAUUUCCCUGAGUCAUCAGACUCUGGUGAAGGUUUCUUUGCCUCUGCAUCUUGAGCAGUCUGUGUUGAAUCCUUGCCGGACUUGUCUACAACAACCUCGAAGGCCGCCUCUCCUUCUACCCUCUUCACUUUCUCCCCUUUCGCUGCAAGGAUUUCCUCAAU